AUGCAGAAAGGAAGUUGGGGAGGAGGUGGCACAGCGUCUGGAAGAGGGCGAGGAGGUGGAGGCAGGGGAGCAGGGGAGGUCAUCUACACCGUCGGCUAUGGAGGGCUCAAGAGCACGGAUGCGUUCGUGGAGCGGCUGAAGGCCAACGGCAUCACGCGGCUCUUGGACAUCCGGAUCAGCCCCCACUGCGGCUUCAACAGGGACUUCACGGGCCGGGCCAUGGGCGUGCUGCUGCGCAAGCAGGGCAUCGCCUACGAGCACUUCAUGGAGCUGGGCAACGUGUGGCGCAGCGAGGGCUCCGAGCCCGAGCUGGACGCGGCCAUACGGCUGCGUCUCUACCGCGAGCUCAUGACCACCGCCGGCGAGCUCCUCACCCGCCGACUGCGCCAGCGCGUACAGGCCGCCCCACACGAGCGAAUCUGCAUCCUCUGCGCCUGCGGCGACGUGCGCGAGUGCCACCGGAACAUCGUCGCCACCUACCUUCACGACACCCACCACUACACCAUCCGACACAUCUGA